AUGAUAUUCAGAGACUUUAUAUCGCUUAUAGCGGUAUUCUCCUUCAUAUCUAUAGUGUGUGGGGAUUCGAUCAAUGCACAAGCGUUAACGAAAAAAUCGUUGGAAUCUCCUAAUUUUAUUGUCCCAAUAACUCAAUCAGAUUUAUCAGGUUUAGCAGAAGAAAGGGACUAUUAUACGUUGUUAAUUUUGACAUCGACAGAUCCAGAACAUGGAUGCGGUACUUGUGAAACUUUAGAUCGAGUUGUUAGAAGAGUAGCUGAAUUUUGGUUUGCAGACUAUUCUUUAUCAAACUUUUUAUUUUUUGUCAAUAUUGAUUUGGCCGAUAAGUCAAACGCUAAUUUGUUCAAUUACCUAGGAAUAAAUACAAUUCCCCAUGUGUGGCUUAUUCCUCCAAGCAAAACUACAUCCAACAUAAAUUACAAUGAUGACAAUGGAUACGGAAUAUUAAGUGAACCUCAUUUACUAUUUAAACUUCCAAUGACUGGAUUCGAGAAACAAGUCAAGGAACUAACCAAGUUCUUAUCCCUGACCCUACACAAAACGAUUCGUGUCAGACAAGAACAACCAUUCGAAAAAUUUAUAUUAGCUUUUGGGCUUACUUUUUCUUUGAUUCUAGUAAUUAAAAAGAGAGGACCUAAGAUUGUUACUAAUCUUACUAAGAAAAAAAUUUACAAAGCUCUUGUGCUUAUGGCAAUACUAGCAUUUACAUGUGGCUACAAUUUUACAGUUAUGGAAAAGGUUCCAUUUAUCGCUAAGGAUGGAAAUAACAAUAUCGUUUACAUUAGUGGGGCAUUUCAAUACCAAUUUGGAGUUGAAAUUAUUAUCGUUGGUCUUAAUUACUUAGGGUUAGCGUCCAGCUUAAUCAAUCUUAUCUACCUAGGAAACUACAAAAUCAAUUCUACUAGCAAGAUUCCAAGCGAACAUGCAAAAACUCUUUGCAUUUUGAUCAAUGUUUUAAUAAUAUACCUUUUGUCCAGUUGCUUGACCAGUGUCUUCUUAAAAAAGGAACCUUACUAUCCUUAUCACUUCUCUAAAUUGUUUUAG